GCCCCCCGCUCGCUCUCCCCGCGGCUCCAUCCCGGGAUCGGCCGGCCGAGCUGACAGUCUGGCUCAGCGGCAGCCGUGGGCGCAUCAGCCGGGCAGCGCCCCAGCUCUGCGCCGCACCUGCCCUGCCAGCUCCUGGGCGCCGAGGCUCGGCUGCCCGGCGGGGCGCCCUGCAGCCCGGAGCAGGGGGUCCCCCCGCCGCCGCCGCCGGGGCUCCUGGCUCGGGCAGGGCAGCUGCCCCGCCGGCUCCCUGCCCGGCUGCCCUCCAGGAUGAGCCCGCAGUACUCCCUGCGCUCCCUGCUGCUCGUCAUCCUCGCCGCCUUCUCGGCCAACGCCAGCAACUGGCUGUACCUGGCAAAGUUGUCCUCAGUGGGGAGUAUUUCCGAGGAAGAGACCUGUGAGAAGCUGAAAGGGUUAAUCCAGCGCCAAGUGCAGAUGUGCAAGAGGAACUUGGAGGUGAUGGACUCAGUGCGCCGGGGAGCCCAGCUGGCCAUCGAGGAGUGCCAGUACCAAUUCCGUAAUCGUCGCUGGAAUUGCUCCACGCUGGACACCCUGCCAGUCUUUGGCAAGGUAGUGACACAAGGGACACGGGAAGCAGCUUUUGUGUAUGCCAUCUCCUCCGCGGGGGUGGCCUUCGCAGUGACGCGAGCCUGCAGCAGUGGAGAGCUGGAGAAGUGUGGCUGUGAUCGGACUGUGCAUGGUGUCAGUCCUCAGGGCUUCCAGUGGUCUGGCUGUUCUGAUAACAUCGCCUACGGAGUGGCCUUCUCACAGUCUUUCGUUGAUGUCCGGGAGAGAAGCAAAGGCGCCUCCUCUAGCAGGGCGCUCAUGAAUCUCCAUAAUAAUGAGGCUGGAAGGAAGGCUAUCCUGAACAACAUGCGGGUAGAGUGCAAAUGCCAUGGUGUGUCAGGCUCAUGCGAGGUGAAGACCUGUUGGAAAGCAAUGCCUCCCUUCCGCAAAGUGGGCAACAUGUUAAAGGAGAAAUUUGAUGGGGCCACAGAAGUUGAGCAGAGAAAGAUCGGCUCCACCAAAGUCCUGGUGCCAAAAAACUCCCAGUUCAAACCACACACGGAUGAGGACCUGGUCUACCUGGACUCCAGCCCUGACUUCUGUGACCAUGACCUAAAGAAUGGGGUCCUGGGGACCAGCGGCCGGCAAUGCAACAAGACUUCCAAAGCUAUCGAUGGCUGUGAGCUUAUGUGCUGUGGGAGGGGCUUUCACACAGACGAAGUGGAGGUGGUGGAAAGGUGCAGUUGCAAGUUCCACUGGUGCUGCUUUGUCAAAUGUAAACAGUGCCACCGAGUGGUAGAAAUGCAUACGUGCCGGUGAUGCCCAUAUGGGAGCUCCCAUCAGUCCCCUCUAUAACUGACCCUUUCUCUCCCCUGCCGGUUGCACCAGGACUGUAGGAGGUAAUCCAGACACCUCAAGGAGAGGGUUGUGUAAAGAGACACCGAGUGCAAGAGAAAGCUAUUUAAAGUUCCAAAAGUGAUUGUUGUAUUUUCGCUUGCUUUAUUUAUUGCCGAAGCCAGAGCCCUCCUGAACUGCAUGUGCUGGAAGGGUCGCACAUGCGUUCAAUGCUGCUGCUGGGCAGGGGCCAGGCAAGGGACCUUUGUGGCGCUUGCCCCCAAGUACCUGCCUCCAUCAGACGAACUCCCACUGACUGACCAACGGAGCGUUUCGGUCCGCGUAGAUUUUUAAACUGAAACGAAACUUAGCGUUAGGCACUUUUAUAUUGGUCUUUUAUAUUACAGCUACUUCAGCCUAAAAACAAACCGCAGGCCUGGCCUGAGGCUCCCGGAAUCUUUGUUCUCAUAUUGGCUUAUUCUGUACCACAUGCCAGUAGAAGAGAGAGGACAGAGCCAGCAGAGCAUCCCAAGCUGCCCUGGGUGUUGUGCUAUUACCAGGAACUCUGCUGCUGAGCUGCUGGGACCAGCGGAUUCCGCAGAUCAGAAAUCUUUGUGCAGAAGUUAAAAUGUGGGGAAGGACAAAAUUAGUGGUAGGGUUCCUGUCGGUAUUUCUUCCUGUUGUUCUGCGGUAGGGUUCUCCCUUUGGGUCUAAGCCACUGGAAGGGGUGAGGGGUGCUGUCCACCACAGAAGCAGGAGUCCGGAGAACAGAGACUCAACUGCACAGAAACUACUUCAUCUACGGUGGAAUCUGCUUCACCAACAGCCCCCCUGGUGCCAUGAGCCAAUAUCCACUCUUGCUGUUCAGCUCCAACUGCCUUGGGAGGCUGACAGCCUGUCAUCUCUUCCCAUUCCCAGCUGAUGCCUCUUGUGGUAACAGCCUCUUACUUAGAAAUAAAAGAAAAAAUAAUCAUGCUGAUGAGUAAGUCCAUGAGUGCUUCCCAGGCCCCCCACCCUCUCCAUAGCCUUCACCCACAGCAAAGCCCUGAGCCUAGCCUCUCCAACACUAUUGCAAGCUUCACUCCAGGCUUUGCAUGUUUCCUGCCCCCCCUCUACUCCCCCCAGUCCACUGCAACCGUGGUGCCUCCUGGGCUCCUGACCUCAGAUGUAAGAGCUCCUCUGGCUGCUAGGCCAACCCACGGCCUCCACCCCACAUGUACCUGGGGCUGCCUAGAGUAAUGGUCCCUUUCAUCUUACAGCCUUUGCCUCACUGUGGGCUCCUGCCCAGCCUGCUAACCACCCUGGGCUCCUCUCUCCACACCCCUUCCCAGCAAAGCUCAGUCCUGAGCCCAGCCACAUCCACCCCUCCCCACGCCCUCUGCUUCACACAGGACUCUGCUCCUCUUCCACAGCCUUGAAACCACAGAGGACACUCCUAGCACCACCCACAUCCAUUACCCCACAGAGAUCAGGCCUGACCCCAGCAGGUCCGGCCUCUCCCCCCAACCUUUGCCAUGGGUCCCUGGCCUGACCCCAGCAGUGUUGGCCUCCCCUCUGCUGCUCCUUCCAGGACAGUUUCCCUCACACCCCUGAGAUCCGCCCCCUCCCCCCCAGACAUUUGAUCCUGAAGCCCAUGUGUAUCUCCUGGGGUCACUAGGCACUGCAGCACAGAAACUGCAGCAUGGAUUAAUUGUCUGCAAAGGGACCUUGAUGCCUCCCAGGUUCUGGGUGCUGCAGGAGCAGCCAGGACCCAGCUAGAUUGGAGCAGCUCCAGGGGCUGCUUUGCUGCCAGCCUAGCUGGAGGCAGGCUGCUGCUGCUACACUCUCAUACCCUCAGUAAACACUGAGGGCCGUGCUGGGGAAAGGAUAUGGCCCAGCUAUGCUGGGGCUAUUCUCUGGGGGCUGUUUCUAUCCCUUUCCAACAUCAGAGCAGCAUAAUGGAGUCUUAUACGGGUCAGAAUCUGCCCCAGCCUUUUAACAGGAAGUCACUUGAGAUUUCUUCAGUUUUUCCAAUUGCUGCGUCUGAAUCAGCCCCGAUCUCAGUGUGCAGGGUCCCAGAGACCUGGCCUCCUUCUCCACUUUCCAUGUCUCUGCUCCCCAAGGGGCCCAUUCUCCCUGGCCUCUUUGAUGAGGACUCUGUGGAAAGAGGAAUCUGGAUGUGGGCAGAACCAUAUCCCUUCUCAGCCUUUGGCUGGUAGGAGGGUGGAGUGAGUUCCAAGGAGGGGGAAACAUUGCUGGAGUACUACACACAUAUUGGCCUUUGCCUACUGCUGUUGUCCGGCCCUAAACACAGGUGCUGCAGAGGGGAUGAGGGGCACUGGGCUAUCCUUACUGGCAACCAUUUGCUUUAUAAACAUAAUGAAAUGAACACCCUGAACACACCAGGAGGCUCAGUUUUUCUUAAGGCAGAGACCUAAAUGCUGCUCCUCCACCCAGCCUUCACCUUGCAGCCACGCUGGCUAAUGCACUGUUCAGCUCUCUCCUUCCGCCUAAGACUAGGGUAGUACAAAGCCCUUGCUGCUGCUCGACAGUGUGAAAUAUUUGGAGAAUUAAUAAGCUGUGGGGCACUGAGGGGAGGUGGCACAUGAAACAAUUUCCUUCUGCAUAUCACUAGGUGAGAGGGAGACAGUGGAAAACGCAGAUUAAUCCCCAAAAUCACACCUCCGGGUGAGAGAGAAAUCUGCUGUUGGUAGAGACCAAAGCAGGACUCUGACACUUGCUAACAGUUCCUCUUCUGCUAGCUGAGUGGAAAACUGUGUGCUGAUGGUGCCAACCCUCCAUCUCAAUGGAUUGUGGCCAGACAGACUGCCGUUCCCGAUCCAGAAAAGCCCAGACUCUUCCGCUUGCCCUUGAUCCAGUCUCUUUAAGACAGAGACAGAGGGUUAAGAGCUGAAUCCAUGCAGACCUUAGGCCUAUUUUUUCCCCUCUUCUUCCCCUUAAACAAGAGAAGAGGGGAAAGGUUAGAGGGACACGCAGACAUACAUGAAAUCCCAUCUGUGCUAUGGCAGUGAUGGGACGGGGGAGCGGCUGUGGUCGUUGGAAGGACUCCAGACAUGGUCCGGCUGGAACUUUUCUGACAACUGACUCGGCGCAGCAGCAGAUGCUCCUCCAGAGGCUGAACUGUGUGCCCAGAAUGGGCCCCUGCUCACUCUGCACUCUACACUUCCGCUUUCUGUGCAGUAUGGGACAAAAAAGGAUCCCGUGGAGUGAAGCCGCCCAGUGGCGCAGAAGAUCACUUCUCCCUUCAGCCAACUCCACUGUAACCUCCUGGUAUGUCUUGUAACAGCAAAUCGCUUCAGUGCUGUGUGGAAGGGCUAAGCAGCAGACUGCAGCUCCACUGCCACCCCCUCUCCAGUAAGUGCAGGCCUCCUAAAGGCAAAGAGGAAACUUCACCUGGUGGACUCAAGCCCCUUCUAACCUGGAAUGAACACCUCUUGCACCAGUUCAUUCACUCUGAUCUAAACAGGAGCUAUUAGCUUGAGCAACACCUGCUCUGUCCUGCACUGUGGGAGUGAUUACUGUUCUGCACCACUUUGGUUUACAUAUGUUAUGAUAUUAAAUCACCUUUUGCAGGUAUCUGGGUUUUAACUCCCAUGUCAACCUGCUGCCUCAAUUCUCUAGGCGCCAGUGUGUUAAGACUGUGAGCUCUCAAGUGCCUUGAAGAUUCUUUAUACUAUUUCCCAGCUAAUGCAGUGGGGGCCGCUGACCUCAGGACAUUGGCCAAGUUUUCUGCUCGUUGUCCAGCUAGGCCGAGGGCCAAAGCUGAACGAGUCAAUCCAGAUCAGUGUGGAGAUAAUUUCUCUGCACAGGAUUUUUUCAAACUGCAAUGAAAGUUGAUCCCUGGAAAUGUCACCCCCGAGGUCCCCUGGCUCCGCAGCUAUCUGGCGCUUCUCACAAUUCUACGUUUCAUCACCAGUACAGCAAAGUUCCCUUUUUUCUGGUUUACUUUGUCUAUUAAAUGAUGAUUUUGUGCUAAAUUAGCAUGGGGUGUUCCCCCCUAGUAAUGGA